CACUGGUAUUGUCUUGUUAGCUGCUAGUCGUGAUUCACUAAUUAAAACUAGGACACUAAUACCAGUCUAACCACACAUAUAAACCUGUUUGUAAUAUAUUUAGCAGUAGAAAAUUAUUAGUAUUAGUGAAGUCUCACACAGUUAAAGAAAGGACAACGUGUCUAUUGAAUUACAGGACCAGUAAAAUCCACUGAUUUGGCUAGAUUUCUAGUUUCUCAUGGCCCUAAAGCUGAAACGAAGGCGAGAGUUAAGCACAACAAGGACUCAGGAGAGCAGAGGACGCUGGAGAUUGACCAUUAUUUCUGUGUGCUGUGUGAUAGUCAUACUAGCAACCUUAAUAGUGGGGUUGUACUUUACCAUUAAGAUGGUGAAUACCAAGUUUUUCUUCUGCUCUGGCUCGCUGAAGUUCAUUUCAAUAGAAAAGGUAUGUGAUAGAAAGGCUGACUGUCCAGGCCGUGAGGACGAAAUUACAUGUAUAUCCAAACUGCAGACCAAUGACACCCAUCCAGUGAGACUGAUGGGGGAGAGACUGGUCCUGCAGGUGUUUGUUAAUAAGGGUGGAUGGAGAACAGUGUGUGCUGAUAACUGGAGGACAAAGCACACAAGGUUAAUCUGUCAACAACUGGGCUAUACAGCGAGUCCACGAAGUACACGAGUCCUGAUGAAGAGUCUGCUUUUCAACUCUCACAAUGCAUUUGCUACAGUCAGCAAUGACUCAACACACUCUGACAUCCAGCGUUUGUUCUCAGUCAGUGACCGAUGUCUCUCUGGCUCAGUGGUGUCUGUGUCCUGCUCAGACUGUGGAGAGGUGGUGGGAGAGGACCGUAUUGUUGGUGGGGUGGACACAGAAAUCGAACACUGGCCGUGGCAGGUUAGCCUUCAGUGGAACCACCAGCAUGUUUGUGGAGGAGCAUUACUGUCCCUGCGCUGGAUCAUAUCAGCUGCUCACUGUUUUACAGGCCAGACACAAGAGCUGAGGCGAUGGACCGUGGUUUUGGGUCAGACCCAAGUGGUGGCAUCCAGAGGUGUCAGCAUAGAGAAGAUUGUAGUCCACAGUUACUACAGCCGCUUGAGUAAUGACUAUGAUAUCGCCAUGCUGAAACUCACCCGGCCUGUCACUGUUGGAGAAUCGAUCUUGCCAGUUUGUUUACCCCCACACCAGCUGUCUGUGAAGGAGAUGCUUGUGGUGACUGGAUGGGGAUUGUUAAAGGAGAAAGGUGAGCUGCCCUCUGUGCUGCAGAAAGCUUCAGUGCCUCUGAUUGACAGGUCAGAGUGUUCCAAGCCCUCUUUUUAUGGUUCUGCCAUAACUCCCAGAAUGCUUUGUGCUGGAUUCCUUGAAGGAAACAUAGAUGCGUGUCAGGGGGACAGUGGGGGUCCACUAGUGUACCCGUCAUCUCGUUGGAAGUUAAUGGGUAUAGUGAGUUGGGGAGUGGGCUGUGCACAGAAUGGAAAACCUGGAGUUUACACUGAUGUUAGUCAACUUCUCAACUGGAUAUACACCGUAAUGAAGGGACCUCCAUGAGAAGGUGAACUAUGGAGACAUCACUUCAUGCUUUUGUGACACAAG